GAUUUGAAUUUUGAAUUUUGAAUUUUGAAUUAAGACAUGGCAUAUUGGUAAUUGCAAGGUAACAUAACUCGCCUGUGUAUUUGAGAUCCUUUUCAUUUCCUACUUCACCAUCAUCAAACGCUCCGUAUUAUAAGCACCGCAUAGAACCAGCCGAGUGGAAAUCGAAGAUCAGCUAGCAAUAAUGGACGGACAUGAUUCAGAAGAUCCCAAGCAAAGCACCGCUGACAUGACUGUUUUUGUGCAAAAUCUUCUUCAGCAGAUGCAAUCCAGGUUCCAGACAAUGUCUGACUCCAUUGUUACAAAGAUUGAUGAGAUGGGAACUCGCAUAAAUGAUUUGGAGCAGAGCAUAAAUGACCUAAGAUCAGAGAUGGGAGUGGAGGGCUCUCCAUCCCCUUUGUGCCAAUCUAAGCAGAAAUCAGGUGAAGAGAACCAAGAUGAUGCUUCGGCUUAGAAUUAGUAAAAGUAAAUUUAUUAUGUGGCAGACUAGUCUAAGUUCAUGCCAAUGUUUGUCUUGAAAAAUCAAAUUUUUAAUCUUUACUCUGUGUGCUAUUCUGCUGUUGCUUAGCCUCUGCUGCUGUUGUAGCGGAUACUCACUAAUCAGUGGUGAUAUACAGUCAUUGAUGCUUUGUAGUUCAAUCUCUCAAUGUGGUUUUGUCCAAGAAAAUGAUUGUUAUGUUCGCUUCU